UAUCUCUCCAAUUAUCUGUCAUCGUCACAUUAUCCUCUUCCCUUUUAUUUAUAGGAGACAGGAAUUUUAAUUUCACCCAAAAAAAAAACCAGCGCCUGCCAUCCCGCAUUUCUUCCAGUGCUCGCUCCGCCCUCUCGGCUCCACGGCGCUGCGCUUUAAAUAGCAACUGUUUAAAAGCUGCUGCACAUUCUCCUGUCUUCCGUGCAGCACCGUGGUGUCUCUCUUCCCCCUGCUCACUUUCAUUAACACAUUUAUCCAAGCAACAAGCCCUCUCAUCCCGCCAUGUCGGCCGCCAGCACCGAGACCAAUACCCCUCUGCCCACCGCCGGCAGCCGCGUCUUCUUCCAAGGUGCGCCUGGGGUGGGCUGCGUGAGCUCCAGCCCCAUCAACGGGGACGACCCGGUGCAGAAGAAGCAGGGCAAAGUGACGGUCAAGUACGACAGGAAGGAGCUGCGGAAGAGACUCGUCCUGGAGGAGUGGAUCAUCGAGCAGCUCAGCGAACUGUAUGACUGUGAGGAGGAGGAGAUGCCAGAGGUAGAGAUAGACAUUGAUGACUUGUUGGAGGUCAACAGUGAUGAUGAGAGAGCUAGCAAACUACAGGAAUCACUAAUAGACUGCUACAAACCCACAGAGGACUUUGUCCGCGAGUUGCUGUGCAGGAUAAGGGGAAUGAGGAAACUCAGCGCUCCAACCAAAAAGGGCCUAUAAUGGUUUUCUUGUCCAGUAUCAACCAACCAUAAACUAUGUCACUUCAGCUUCACCUACUUUACUCAGCCAACAUGAACUGUCAUAAUACAGACUCGUUUAUCAAAACACUAGUAACCACUCUGCAGCCUGCCAACAUGCAUCACAUUAUCCAUAAUCUGGCACUAGUCAUUUUGAAGCACAUAGAAUUACAAGUCAUGACAAUUUAAGACUGUUGACAGGAACGUACGCCAAAAAAGAAAAGAAAAGUAAUUACAGUGUGUGUUUUUGAGAGACAGAAAAAAUGUUAAGUCCAGGAAUGUGCCCAAACUGCAAGUAUGUUUAUAACAAGAAUAUUACCGGCUAAAUCAACGAGUUUAGUUCACAUUUUUAAGAGCAAACUUGCAGAGAAGAAAAAUCCAUCAAGACAAAACAGCAAAGAAAUUUCAAGGUGGUUAAAAAAGUUACAGUAGGUAACGUUUAGCUGUAGCACUAUACAAGCACAGUGCUUAAUUUUAUUUUUACUUGAGUGUCUGCUGUUACAUCAAAAACAAAUGUGUGUUGCCAUUUCUUGUUCACAUGAGUUAAAUGUGGUUUUCUGCCAGUUGUUGUGUUUUAUUAACCUAUUUGUCCUUAUUACAUCAGUGCUACCAGAUGUGAGGGAGAGCUGAUCUUUUGGUUGAUUUAAAGCACAAAGCAUUAUAAUUAUGCAUAAUGCAUCUGCUGAGUCCUUUUGUAAUGUAUAACCUCUGAAUAGAGUAGGGACAUAUUUAACAAAACACUAUCAAUAUUUUUGCUAGUUAGUCAAUGUUGUACUUUUCAUCUCAGCAAGGCAUGAUGGGUGUUGCAGUUCUCUGUUUGAGACUACAAAGACCUGUAUGAUUGGCAGCUUUUCAUUGAUCACGUUCUUAAUGCUCCUACAGAGGGCUGAUGUGACCAUUUAGGCUCCAGCAUUGUAGUUUUUUUUCUCAUUUGUUUCAUUUACUUCUGGUCACCUGUUUCUCUGAUAAUGGACAAUGUUGCCUUUAAGGACAUUCAGGAUAAAUUCCUAUUUUUUGUCAGCAGUAAACCUUGACUACUAACAGCUGAAAGAUAAACAUUGUGCAGUCAAAUCUGAGGCCAAGUGGAACCAGUGGUUAUAAAGAGUCUACACACCUCUGUUAAAAUGCCAGAGUUAGGUGAUGAAAGAAACAAGACCACGACAAAUUAUUUCUGAGUGUUUUUCCACCUUUAAUGUGGCCAUUAACGUGGUUGUACAUCCUUAAGCUAGUACUUCAAUGAAGCACCUUUUGAUUUCAUUACAGCACUCAGUCUUUUUGUGUAGAAGUCUACCAGCAUGGCACAUCUAGACCUGGCAAUGUUUGCCCACGCUACAAAUCCUUCAAAUUGUGAACAUCUGCUGUGUUCUGACUGAUACUUUUUGACACUGAGAUCCCUUCAAUGCUUUAGAAGCUCUUCACAGAUAAUGUUUGUUUUUGUAAGAUGCGACAAAAAAAAGUCAGGAAAAGACUACUGGAACAGCUGAUAACGCACUUUAAAUUUAAAAUAUUUAAGUUUUUUAUUGCCCUGUACUGCUUAAAGGUCAUAUUAAGGGUGUGAAAAGAUUUGUUAUGUUUUUACAGCACAAAAACCUGUCAAACAAACAGGGGUGUGCUAACUUUUUAGAUCCAUUUUAAAUCUCGACACUCAAAUCAGUCAUGUCCUGUAAAUAAAGGCGUGCCAAAAAUGUGACAUCCAAAAUGUCAUACGUCAUGAGUUAAUGUGAUACUGAAUUUCAAAAUAGACAGUUUUUCUUAGGAUUUGCGAAAAAUCUCUUAGUCUGUACAAACUUUAAGGUGUUAAAAACAUUUGCAAUUUGCAGGAAAUAUGAUGCAAUUGCAUUUAACUGAGUUUAAAAGAAUGGCUCAAUUAACGCUGAUGGCCUUUUUUUGCACCAACAACACUGACAAACCUGUAGGCUCUGAUAUAAUCAUGCAUCUAUUAUGGCAUUGGAGGUGUACCAGCUAGAUCGGGGCAGGCUCAAACCUGCGAUUGGAUCCAUCAACUUUUAAAGACCAAACCAGGGCAAUGUUGGAUUAAAACACAUGAGAAGCACCCAUCUUGCAUGCUAAGAACAGAGAUUCAAAAAGAGUAUAAUAUAACCUUAUAUUUAAGCAAAUAAAAUAUCUUUUUUGGACUUGCCUAAGAUGUACGACUUUGUAGAUUAUUUACUGUUGAGACAAUGUGUCACGUUGGAAAGAAUCCAGGAAAAAUUUAAAUGGUGCUGUUUUUGAUGUUCUUCCCAGAAUUUAGUUGUUUUAAAAAGCGUUUUCACUGCUGAAUGAUGCCAGAAAUAUGUUUGAAAGAAACCUGUCAGUCUAAAACUGGAUUUAAUCUAUUUUCUCAGUUGAUACUGGCCCAGUCAGUGGCUGCCUCCAUGGUUUAACUUGUAACAAAGGUAAUAUGUUUUCCAGAUGAAGCCAUUAAUGGAAACUGGGAUGCAUUUAGAGUCUUUGUUGUGGUAAUCUAAACUAUUUUCUCUCAAGGAUCAGUUCAGGGACAAGAGGGUGAUAUUUUAUAAUUUAUUGGAUUUCACGUGGGGAGUGUUUUGAAAGUGACUGUUUUAGAAAGCUUUACAUUUGCAUGAAUUUGUAAAGUAGCAUGUUGAAGGGGGAAAACGUUUUUUUUCCAAAGUUUUUUUUAAGUUAAUAAAUUAAAACACUUUCCUUUUUAUACAUUUAUUAUGAUUAAUAUUAUUGCUAUCAUCACUGAUAUUAGGAGUAAACUGUUCAGGUUUUAAGUUGAACUUUUAUUUCUAUACAUCCACAAUGAGUAUUCCAGUUUAUAAAAUGUAAUGUGGUGUGUGGUUUGUUUUUUUGCUGAAAAAUAAAAAUAAAGAAGAAAUGCAGAA